UUCACCUCUGCACUUCUCUCAUGUCUACAUUAGUCUCUUUGAAAAAUGCAGCACAACAGUACAGAAAACUGUAGCUUGUCACACUUCAGAUAUCCACUUUUUACUUCCACCUACAGCGUGAUACUUCUCUUCGGCCUGCCUUUAAAUUUUAUCUCUCUUUGGAUUUUGGUGUGUCGAAAUGGCUUGAGACAAUCCGUUCCUGUGAUCUACAUGGCCAACCUGGCAUUAUCAGACCUUCUUUUCAUCCUUUCCCUGCCCUUUCGGAUUAUCUACUUCGCCACGGGCCGAUGGACUCUGGGAAAUAAGCUGUGCAUGAUUUCUGGGACUCUCUUUGCUGUCAACCUGUACUCCAGCUCUUUGUUCAUCACCCUCAUCAGUGUGGACCGGAUGUUGGCCGUGGUGUACCCGCUGAGAUCCCGCCCUCUCCGGACAGCACCUGUAGCGUGGGGGCUUUGUGCGACCGUUUGGGUGAUGAUCGCUGCAUUAUCAGUGCCGACAGCUAUAAAUCACCCUGAAAAUGUGGAUAAAACCUGUAACAACGUCACACGUUGUUUCGAGAAAUACACAGACAGCGAGUGGAAAAAGGGAUUUUACAUCCUCUGCUUUGUCACCGUUUUUGGGAUUUUGAUACCGUUUAGUAUCAUUCUGGGUUGCACGAUUGCAGUCGUGCGGCAGCUUUGUGGCUACAGCAUGCCAACUUCAUCCAGUAACCCCGAGAUGAGCAAAAACAAGGUAGUGAAGCUCUUUCUGUCCAACCUGUUCAUCUACACCGUGUGCUUUAUUCCCUUUCACGUAGCUUUCAUCCUCUUCGCCCUAAACAAAGUUAAAUAUCUAGGAGGAGAUACUGAGAAAUACUUCAGUUUGCAAACCGUUACAAUGUGUAUGGCCAGCACAAACAGCUGUCUGGAUCCCUUGAUCUACUAUUUCAGUUUAAAGAAACUUCAAGAUCGAACUAGGUGCAAUUCGGCGACAAAAAACAUUGGUAUCUGCCUCGUCCAGAGCUCGAGUUGGAACGGCCAGUAAAAGGCCGAAGACCGCAUGUCCAAACCCAAAGGGUCCACAGACUUUGUGAGCAUUUCUUGUAUUGUAAAUAAGCUCUUUGUUGAAAAGUGGUUGAUGUACUCAGUGCAACAUUUCUGUAUGUUGACCCUGGGACCAAUCAGAUUUCAGAAAUAACUUUACAGUUUGUUUCAAGUUUAAGCUCUGAUUAGGUGCUUCUUGGCCAUUGUUUUUCACAUUUUCUUCUGACUUUAGGGGUUAGUUAUUAUUAGGGUUGGG